AUGGAAUACCUGCUGAUAUUCUUGCAGCCACACAUUCGAGGUGAUCUCAUACGAUCACUUCCAGAAGCACGACUUCAGCAGGUUGCAAUUGCGAAGAACUCUCAAACGCGGAUACCUGGCUUCUUUAUGGGCAGACCUCGUGACGGAUUUAAACGUGAUCCAUUAGCGGAUCAACCACACAUUCGUGCUCAGCUUAACCCUUCAUCCGCCACCAUUCGCCAAUUACUGGACCAUUUUACACCGUCCGAUGGGCGAACAUGGAAACAGCGUUACUUUUAUAAUAUGAAAUACUACAAACCAACUGGUCCUGUUUUUCUGAUGCUUGGCGGCGAGUCUCCUGAAGAUCCGGCUUGGGUCAGUUAUGAAGAGUUGCCUUGGGUGAAAUGGGCGAAAAAACAUGGUGCAGCUCUGUUCAGCCUUGAACAUCGUUUCUAUGGAGAAAGCAGACCGUUUCCGACGCUAGCAACGGAAAACUUAAAGUAUCUGAGUAGUAAACAAGGGGUCGAGGAUGCGGCUUAUUUCAUACGUUACAUCAAUAAAAGGUUCAAUUUUGUGAAUACGAAAUGGGUGGUAUUUGGUGGUUCAUACUCAGGAGCGUUGGCCGCUUGGUUACGAGAGAAGCAUCCAGAACUGGUUGUGGGCGCAGUGGCGAGUUCGGCGCCAGUCGAAGCUAAGCUCGAUUUUCACGAAUACCUUGAGGUGGUUCAAAAGGACAUUCGAUCAUGCAAUGUGACAUGCGCCUCUGCAAUCGGAGAAACUUUCAAGGAAAUGUCAGAAUUUAUGUGGACAGAAGAAGGGCGUACGAAUCUCACUGAAACAUUCUUGUAUGCGUUGCAUAUCCAACAGAUUACUUAUGCUUAUGUAGGUAGGAAGCAGGGUGAAUUUAUUUAUGGGGUAAGGCCCGGACUCAAUGACAUAUCGCUUGGCUAUAAAGAAACAGAACUGUACUUCAGAUUGAUGUUCACACCGUUUCAGUUUAUAGCACAGAACGGAGGCGAGAGAUUUAUUACGGCUGCAUGCCAAAUAAUGACUUAUAAUGGUAUGACAUAUUUCAACCGUCUAAAAUUAAUACUCGUCAUACUGAGUUCCGGGGGCAGAGAUUACCAAACGGAUAUUGAUUAUGAUGCCUUGAUUACCGAGCUGAAGAACACUGAAUACAACAGAGCUAGUGCCUCUACACGAAGUUGGAUCUGGCAAACGUGUACAGAGUUCGGAUACUUUCAAACAACCGAUUUGGGUCGAAAUAUUUUUGGCAGUGGAUCGCCAAUGAAUCUCGAAGUGGACAUGUGUAAUGAUAUAUUCGGGCCUGAGCACAGAAUAGAAACGAUCGAUAGAAAAAUUCACGAGACGUUGGAAUACUUCGGUGGUAGCCAUCACUUCAAUGGUACAAAUGUUGUGUUCCCAAACGGCAACAUUGAUCCGUGGCAUGCACUUGGGUUAUACUCAUCGAAACAUCCAUCAGUUGUGCCUAUUCUCAUAAACGGCACGGUUCAUUGCCAAGACAUGCAGCCAGAGCGUCCCUCUGAUCCGCCAUCUCUGGUCAAAGCGCGGAAAAUUAUAGCCUCAAAUAUCGAUGUGUGGCUUCGGGGUGAACAAAAACAACAGGAAGUGAAGGCGAAAAUGCCAGAAGUUACAUCACAAAUCAAAAAAACGCGAUCAAAGCUUCCAAAAAUGAAGCAGUUCAGUUCGGUGCUACGAGCAGUACCGUUGAAACCAAUUAGAGAGGAACUAUAUCACACCGAGACGAUACCACAGCAUUUGAACCCAUUCAUUUGGGGCCGUCCACUGACGGGACUCGUUGUCGAUCCACCUGCACCAAUCGAUAUGGCUGCUUACCCUAAAGGAUUCGUCGCAGGAACCAUUACUAUGCCGGUUGAUCAUUUCAAUGCCACAAACACCAACACAUUCAAUCAGAGAUAUUGGAUGAAUCCCCAAUAUGCUAAACCAAGAGGACCUCAUUUUUUGAUGAUCGGAGGUGAAGGAACUGCAAACACGAAAUGGGUGCUAAACCCAGAAGUGCAGAUCAUGAGCGCAGCAAGGAAAUACGGCGCCACCGUUUACAUGCUCGAGCAUCGUUACUACGGAGAAAGUUGGCCAACUCCAGAUCAAUCGACCGAAAAUCUCAAAUGGCUCACAUCGCAACAAGCACUCGCGGACUUAGCUCAGUUCAUUAAGACCAUGAAUAAGGAACAGAAACUGGUCAAUCCUCAGUGGAUCACAUUUGGUGGCUCAUAUCCCGGAAUGCUUUCCGCCUGGUUCCGACAAUUUUAUCCUGAACUAACGGUGGGUGCACUGGCAAGCUCGGCACCGAUAGGAGCGAAAGUCGACUUUUACGAAUACUUAAUCGUUGUUGCAAAUUCAUUACGAUUCUUCAACCCGAAAUGCGCCGACAACGUUGGAAAUGCGUUCGAUGAAAUGCGUAAACUUUCGUUAACACAAGAGGGACGUGCAUAUUUGACGAAUAUAUUCACACUGAAACCAGAAUGGACCGCCCAAUCAACGAUUACUGAUGUCGACAUGCAGUAUUUCUUCAGCAAUAUUUACAGUAACUUUCAAGGUGCAGUGCAGUACAAUAACGACAACAGUGGAAAGCAUGCGAUUGGUGGAGGAAUAAAUGAUGUUUGUAAGUAUAUGGUGAACAAUACGAAAACUGCAAUCGAGAAUGUGGCUGAUGUUAAUGCGUAUAUAGCGAAGUUUUGGGAUGGUUACUUCAACUAUACUGACAAUCGCUAUGAAAACUAUGUUGAUUACUUGAAGGACAUCACGGCAAUGUCCGCAAGUCGCAGUUGGACAUAUCAAACAUGCAAUGAAUUUGGAUUUUUCCAGUCAACUGAUAUCGGCGAAAACAUGUUUGGUGGUCCAACCCCUGUGAAUUUCUUCAUUGACACAUGCCUUGAUGCUUUCGGACCGACGUUUACACCAAAAUACGUUUACGAAGCCAACGAAAAAUCACACAACUAUUAUGGUGGCGUUGAAUAUUAUCAUGGUACGAAUGUUUUUUUCACAAACGGUAAUAUCGACCCGUGGCACGCACUUAGCAAAUACAAUGGCAUCGGAAGUGUCACGACAGUUCUUAUGAACGGCACUGCGCAUUGCGCAGAUAUGUACCCACCACGAAAAGAAGACGCUCCAGAUUUAGCACCUACGCGAGCGCUCAUCGAAAGAAAGAUUGGUGAAUGGCUAGGUGAGCAUUUUAUGAUUCCAUAUCUCUCAGACCGUUAA